GAAGAAAAAUUUACAAAAGUAAGUGAAAAAAAGUCUAUUGCAGUAAGUACUUAUAACUAAUAAGACUUGAAGAAAAAUUUACUUGUAGUAGCUAAGUUGUAGUAGUAGCUGUUACCAAUGGCAGCAACAACGCAUUCAGUGACAGUGGCAACUUCUUGUUCAAUUCUUUCUCCGCAUAUAUCUCUUCUUCAACGCAUUCGUAUUCCAAACACAUUCAACUAUAACAACAACACGUGUCACUUUCCCAUUGCAUCUCCCGUAACCGUUUCCGUUUCACAUCAAUUUUCCCCUUUCGUUUUUCCCGGUAAAUCUCCGCGCCACACCACCGCCGUCUUCUCCGCUUCAUCCACCGAUGACAGUCACAUCGAUUCUCAAGACCUCGCUGUUCUUCUCGAAGUCGACGGGGUUCUUGUUGAUGCAUAUCGUGUAGGGAAUCGUUUAGCGUUUAAUAAAGCAUUUGAGAAAUUUGGCCUAGAUUGUGCAAGCUGGAACGAACCUGUCUAUUCAGAUCUUUUGAGAAGAAGUGCUGCAGAUGAGGAAAAGAUGCUAUACUUGUAUUUUAAUCGAAUCGGGUGGCCUUCGUCAUUGCCCACAAAUGAGAAGGGACUCUUCACAAAAAGUGUUUUACAGGCAAAGGAAAAGGCUUUGGAAGAGUUUGUGACAUCAACAAGUCUACCUUUACGACCUGGUGUUGAACAGUUUAUUGAUGAUGCAUACAAUGAAGGAAUUCCUGUGGUAAUAUUAACAGCCUACAUUAAAAACGGUGAUAAUAUUGCGAGGACCAUAAUUGAAAAGCUCGGUAAUGAUCGAAGCAAAAAGGUGAUUAUUGUGGGGAUUACAGAGGCUGAGAAAAGUUUACAUGGCCAACUCGUCUCAGGUAAGGUGAUUGCCUCUGGUUUGGAUGAAGAGCUUUCCAAGGAAGCCACAAGAGCAGCUGCUGCUGAGAGACAAAGACUAGCAAAAGAGGUAGCAUCCGCACUAAAGUUGAGUGUUACGAUUGAUACCAGCUUAUCCGAAAGUUUAGAUAAGAUUGUGACUGCGCUACAUGCGGGAGCUGAACGUGCAGGGAUACCUAUCUGCAACUGUGUCCUGAUUGCAGGAAGCCAGUCUGGAGUAGCUGGAGCUGAACGGGCGGGUAUGCCAUGUGUUGUUCUACGGAGCAGUUUAACAUCUAGAGCUGAGUUCCCGUUAGCAAUUGCCACUCUGGAUGGGUUUGGGGGUGCAGAUCUUACCAUUUCAAAAUUACGCAAUCUAUGCCAAAAGACACAACCAGAGGAUUGAAUGUUGUGCCAGAGUUUGUAUUGAUUACAUUGCCCAAGAAAUUGGCAAAUAAGAACAAAAAUAUUCACCUUGUUCUGGAUUUGAAGCUGGCAAGAAAAAGGAAUGUGCAUCUAGAAAGAGUUUAAGAUAGGUGUCUUCAGAGACAAUGUUUGCUGGUACGAUAAUUCCUAUAAUUUUGUGUUGAAAUUUGGUUCUUCGUUAACAAAUCCACCACAGUAUAGGAUGAGGGGCACUUUAGUUGUAUGUGACUUUUGCUUUGGUAAGCUUUUAACAGCAUAAGGAAAUACCAUUCUUAUGAGU